AUGCGGACUGCUGACAGGCUCUCCUACUCAGAGGUAGUCGGCGCCAUGUUGGGCAGUGAUGCUUUGUUAUAUGUUGCGGAGGGGGACUCCGCCACCUACCGUCACAUAUAUUUGAUGCCUCCUUUGACGGAAGCUCGUAUUCCGAUGAUGAGACCUGCCGGUAUGUCAUCCUCGGACCAGGCUCAGGCUCGAGCUACAGACAUCUCUUCUUCUAGCAGGGCUGGCGCAUCUAGAGGUGGGAGUAGACCAUUUCCUCCGACUCCGUCGAUUCAUCCUCAUCUGGGAUGGCCAGAUAUGCCUACUGAGUUGAUGGCGUGGCAGUAUGGGGCUAGCUCUCCGACCCCGAUCCCACUAGAGCCUCCGAUGCCCAGUGAUCGAUACGCCAUUGAUCCGGACUCACCGCCGCCAUCGCGAGGGUACAUGGAGGAGAUGGUUGGGCUGGUGGCCACACUCGAGGGCAUGGUCCUACGCAGGGAGGCACAGUUGUCUGUCGCGGGCAUUCAGAUGCCUUCUUGGUCCGGUCAGCCACAGACCAGGCCACCUGGGCCUCAUUGGGGAGUUGGGCCGUCUGAGCCUUUUCAGGGGGCGGGGUCAUCUCGGCCUUCCCGAGGAGCCGGGCCAUCUAGGCCUUACCGAGGAGCUCGAGGGGGGCCUGUCCGCAGACGCAGGGCUCAUGUUGUGGAGGUGGAGCCUGAUGAGGAGGAGGAGGAGGAGGAGGAGGCUACCGACCGUCAGUUCGAGACAUCUGUUGAGGAGGGAGGCUCCGGUUUUGGCUCGGGGAACAGAGGCGAGGCUGAGGAGGAUCCUGAGGAUGACAGUUCCGACUCAGAUGAUGGUGUGGAGGUCGUCCCGCAAAAGAGGACGAGGCGUGCUUCUCAUUCCCGCUCCCGAGGACUUUGA